UUCCACCAUGCAAAUAAAACCUCUCCCCUUUCUCCUUCUCUUCCUUCAUCCUCUCUCUCUCUCCCCAUCUCGCCAUCUCCAUCAAAUACACAUUCAUCACUCUCUCACAGAUUCGUUCUUUCCAUUGACAGAAACCUCCCCCUUCCCUUCCUCAUCUCCUCAUCAGCAUUUACUCCCUCUUUUGGAAACCGAUACCAAAACGUCACUCCCCACCCUUCCUCCCCCUCCCCCCCCCCCCCCCCCCCCCCCCCCCCCCAACGCACUGCAGCGAUUGGAUUUGAGUCGGAAGCUUCCGGACAGUGACUGUAACCCUUCGCCGGUCCCGCCUGCAUUCGCUCCUGUUUGAACGGCAAUCGGCUCUGCUCGGCCGCACACAAUGGCGGUUCCUCCGACGGUCGCCGCCACCGCCACCGCUCCGGCGUCUCUUUACGUCGGGGACCUCCACCCCGAUGUCACUGACGGUGCUCUCUUCGAGGCGUUCACGGAGUUCAAGAGCCUCUCGUCGGUCCGCGUCUGCAGAGACUCCUCCUCUGGCAGGUCCCUCUGUUACGGAUACGUCAACUUUCUCUCUCCUCAAGACGCUAUGAACGCAAUUGAAUCCAAGAAUCACACUCUACUGAAUGGAAAAUUCAUAAGAGUGGCCUGGUCCUGUCGUGAUCCCGAUGCAAGGAGAACUGGAAAAGGGAACAUAUUUGUUAAGAACUUGAGUGACUCGGUUGAUAAUGUGGGACUACAAGAAUUGUUUAAGCCAUUUGGUAACAUAUUAUCUUGCAAAGUCGUCACAUCAGAGGAUGGGAAGAGCAAAGGAUAUGGCUUUGUUCAAUUUGAUUCUGACGAAUCUGCAACUGCUGCUAUGGAGAAACUGAAUGGUUCGGAUGCUGGAGGCAAGCAGAUAUAUGUGGCAAAGUUUGUCAAAAGAAGUGAUCGGGUUCUGUCUCGGGCCAAUGCUAUAUACACUAAUCUGUAUGUGAAGAAUCUCGAUCCUGAUGUCACAGAAGAGGUCUUGCGAGAGAAAUUUUCUGAUUUUGGUAAAAUUACCAGUCUGGUCAUUGUGAAGAAUGAAAAUGGUAUCUCGAGGGGAUUUGGCUUUGUGAACUUCGAAAGCCCUGAUGAUGCAAAGCAAGCCACUGAAACCAUGAAUGGAUCACAACUUGGUUUGAAGGUUCUCUAUGUAUCAAGGGCGCAGAAAAGGGCUGAGCGUGAUGAGAUUUUGCGACGCCAAUUUGAGGAGAAACGGAAGGAGAGCAUCCUUAAGUACAAGGACUCAAAUGUCUAUGUCAAGAACAUUGAUGAUGAUGUCAGUGACGAAGAACUGAGAGAGCACUUCAGCCAGUGUGGCAGCAUCACUUCUGCAAAAAUCAUGCGUGAUGACAAAGGCAUUAGCAAGGGUUUUGGUUUCAUCUGCUUCUCCCACCCUGAGGAGGCGAGUAGAGCUGUCAACAGUUUCCAUGGAUUCAUGUUUCAUCGAAAGCCACUGUAUGUUGCUAUUGCUCAAAGGAAGCAGGAUAGGCAAGCACAACUACAGCUUCAUUAUUCCCAGAGAAUGGCUGGACUUAGUGGAGCCUCACCUGCUGUAAUUCCUGGAGGAUACCCUUCUUACUACUACACAGGACCUUCUGGUCUUAUUUCUCAAGCGCCUUCUCGCCCAGGGCUGAUGUAUCAGCCAAUAGGAUUGAGGCCCGCAUGGAGAGGAAAUGGGCUUCCUCCCCCACCUGGACCGGGAUUUCCAACUGCAUCACUGCCGAUACCGCAUACUCCACAAGAGGGUAGACACAACAGAGGCAGGAUGAACGGGCAUAUGAUUCCACAAGGUGGCGCUCCAUCUGCAAUGUACAUUCCACAUUUGCAACAGCCAACUCAACCAGUGGCACCUCUCAAAGACCCACACUUGCAGCGUGUUGGGCAGCAUAGAUAUGUGCCUAGUGGGCGUUCACGGGAGAUGAACAAGGGAUCGGGAGUCGUACCUUCUGGCUCUGAUCCUGCUGGAGCAGGGCCACCGGGGACAGAGAUGCUGAGCAGCCUGCUUGCAGCUGCGUCCCCUGAGCAGCAGAAACAGAUACUGGGGGAGCGCCUUUACCCUCUUGUCCAAAAAAAUAAGCCUGACCUUGUCGCUAAGAUAACCGGGAUGCUUCUGGAGAUGGACAACUCGGAACUACUGCUGCUUUUGGAGUCACCCGAGUCACUGGCCGCAAAGGUGGAAGAAGCCGUGCAGGUCCUCAAGCUAUCGAAGAGCAAAUCUUCUAAUCAGGCCGCUCUACAGCCCAAUUUUCUAUCCACGGAGGUGGCAGUCAAUUGAUGGUCACAGGCGAUUUUCCAAUAGACAAUAAUACUAUUUUUUUUAAAAAAAAAACAAUGCUAGAGGUUUCGAACAUAGCUCAAAGACGGGGACGGGAACUUUUUCUUUAUACUCAUCAAAUCAGGUCUUAAGUUUGGUUCUUUAGAGGAGUAUAUUUUGGUUUAAUAAGGACCUUGUCUCGAAUGUUGUUUGGGAGAUUAAUUUGGUUUGAUAGGUUAUGAUCUUUGUACUUUGGAGAUUAAUUUGGAUAUCUAGACGAACCAUUUUAAAGUA